AUCAAUCCAGCACAACAUCUCCAACAACAUCUUCCAAAUCGAUCAACCAUGAAGCCAACCCUAGUUCUUGCUCUCUCUUUCCUCCUUCCCUUCUUCACCAACCUUCCCUUAGCUUUCUCAGAUGAUGUUCAACAAGUUGUGGACAUAUAUGGGGACCCCAUUUUACCAGAUUUCACAUACUACAUCGUCCCAGCAAUCAGUGGUCCACCUGGUGGUGGAUUGAAACUUGCCAAAACUGGAAACUCAAAGUGCCCUCUUACUAUCCUGCAAGAUUACUCUGAAGCCUUCCGUGGCCUCCCUGUUCAAUUCACCGGAGACAGUCACUUAUUCAUCUUUACAGGUACCGAAGUGGACAUCAAUUUCGUACAGAAGCCAUUGUGUGCAGAAUCCUCCAAUUGGUCGGUGUUCGUGGACGAAUCAAUCCAGAAGGCAUGUGUGGGAAUUGGUGGUGCCGAAGGUCAUCCUGGACAACAAACUUUUAGUGGCAAAUUUCACAUUCAGAAAUAUCAAAUUGGAUACAAGCUUGUGUUCUGCAUCUUUGACUCACCAACAUGCUUCGAUAUUGGAAGAUUUGAUGCACAGAACGGUGAGGGAGGAAGACGCUUGAAUCUCACUGAGCAUGAAGCAUUCGAUAUUGUGUUCGUACCAGCUUUUGAAGCUGAUAAGGUUAUUAAGUCCGUAGCUUGAAUCAAAUAUCUCUAGUUAAUCAGAUUUUAGUUAAUGCAAUCAUAUGUUGUUUUGAUUUGCAUUAGCUAAGAGAAUCUAGUCCAAAGAUUGAAUAAGAUAGUAAAUUUCUAACUUUCUUGCGUGAUAUCUUUCUCUCUUUCAUCUCUUUCAAACUUCAAUGAAAGACAUUAGAAAAAUUUAGGUUUAGUAUUCUGAGAUGCCCACACAAGCCCACGUGGUUCUGCCAUGCACAACUUUAAAUACUAAACAUCAUAUAUUAUAUACAAUAAAA